AUGACUGACGUGCAUGUAUUACACAGAUGGUUUGAUAAUAAAAAGUCCCCAAUCCUCAUAUUCCGGAUGAACACGGCUGGACUUUUGACAUGCUCUUUCACCUUUCCGCCAAUCUCCAGAGGCAAGAUGAUUUACUUUCUGAGGACUGCUGAAGUGGCACUCACUUCAGCCAAUUUUCGGCAGAACAUCACAUUGGGGGAGAUGUCUGGUAACGUGCUGAUGGAUCUGAACAUCAUGGCCGACGAGGUAAUUGGGCCGCUGCUCUGCAACCCGGAGAACCAGAGGGGCUGGCCGAAGAUCGUCUGCAACGAUAUGAAGAGGCACAUUGAUGAGCUCAGGAGUUUGAUGCACCAGCUAAAAGGUGAAAUGGCUAGUCAAGUGAUGCUACCCAUGCCGACGGGGGUAGAGAACAUUUUUCAAGCGGAAGCGAAUUUUAGAGAAAGCGACGGCGAAGAUUUAGACCUGCAUCUCAAGACCAACAUCGAAGGCGCUGUCAUAAAGUGGACUCAGCAAAUCCAUGACUUGAUGUCGGAAGACUCUUACAUAGCAUUCAAGCGGACCAAGUUUCCCUUACCAGUAGCGGACUUAGAUUUCUAUGCGCUUAGACUAAAGAACCUGGAGGGGAUCUACUCGCAGCUGCGCGACCCGCGCGUGAAACGCAUGGCUUCGUAUCUUGAAGCCACAAAUAGCGUGUAUUUGGAGUGCUUCAAGAAUCUGCUAACUAACGUUGUGGCUGGCGUGGUAGAAUGCCGGGACAUCUUCGUGUACCAGCGGCCACUGCAGUACCAUUUCGAGAGCUUCGAGGGCACGGACUUUAUGGACGCCAAGCCGAACAUCCGGCCCAUGUUCCACUGCAUCGGACUCUUGUGGGGCAACUCCAGAUACUUUUGCAGUGUUGAGAAACUAAUACCUCUACUUCGCGAGGUGUGCAACCUAGUGAUAAUGCAGUGUUCCAACUCUAUAGACCCGCCGUCCCUCUUCCAAGGAGAGCCGGAUGAGCAGCUACUCAAACUGAGGAAGGCUCUUACUAAUUUGAACCAUUUUAUCGCCACCUACGAAAUGAACCGCGACAAAAUAGAAACUUUCUUCCCGCCCGGCAUCACUCCAGUCCGCUGGUCGUUCAACUUCGACCGCGUGUUCAUGCGAUUCAACGUCUACUUGAAGCGGCUCAAAAUGAUAGAAUCCAUACUUGAAGCUACGGUGGAGAUAUUGAAGCUGGAGAAGGUGGAAUUUUGCGGGUUAAGGGGGAAGAUUAUCAGUGUCGAGUGUAUGAAGGUGAGAUAUUUUAUUUAUAUAUGCUACAUGACCCCAACUAUGCUCAAGUGGUGA